CUUACCUUCGCGAAGAAUGACCCACUUUUUAUUAUUUACAAGUCCCAAAGUUAGUAAAGUUUUAGGCAGGUGCCACCCCAGCGUACAUGACCUACCAUGAAUAAACUUGUGGUAGCAGUAGUCACAUUAGUGGCGGCUUUUCUAGUUUUGGAGCAGAGUAAGAGAUUUUUUAAUAUGAAAACGUUUUUUUGGAGUUCCACACUAGUAAACUUAACGUCUUACCUGUUAGUCCCUUUACAAACGGUAAUAUGCGGAAGUAACUAACGAAAAUGGCGGCCGAUGUAUGUGUUAAAAUAUAGAAGUUAUAAUAGUUUUAACCAUUAAAAUAUGCAUGCUGUUUAGUUUCAAAUACUGCAAAAUGUUUAAUCCUAAAAGUUAGAAGAGAGGAGUCCCUUAGCUCUAGAAACAUUUCCUGUUUUUUUUUAAUUUAGGAUUUUUCUGUCUCCCUGGACUUGAAUAAAUCAUGUCUCUCUGUACACUAGUACACUCACACUGUCAUGCCCAUGUUUGUAAUUUAUUGUUAAUUUCUUGAUUCUUAGUCUGUGAUUUGAAUCAUACUCGGUCGUACAAUUAGAAAUAGUUAGUGGUUGGCAGUGGUGGACUGGAGACUGGAGGGUCCAAGCCUCCUGGGACAAUAAUCUUUAAUAAUUAAUCUUUUCUUUAGAGAUUUAAUUCACAAGUUUCAUUGUAAUGUGGAAGCGGACCAAAGCCAAAUAAUUCCAAAUAUUACUGGAAUUUUCCCAGCAGCCCAGUCCACUCCUGGAUCCCAUCAUACUUUUUUUUAAUAUGAUUGACGUACUAUUAUGUUGUCAUCUUGCUUUUCAUUUACUAUAACAAUUAUCAAUGUUCAAUGGAAAGAUAGGGUCUACUAAUUAAAUAACGCAUUAUCAAUAUCAGACAUUAUUGAUUAUUACUGUAAAAACAACUGUAUUGUGUAGUCUUAGACAGUGUAGUGAUUUAGCCAAUUUGGGUGAGGCGACCUAUCAAUGACUACCUACUGUGUCACCACAUUCUUAGCUCCUGGAUUAAAUGGUCAACAUUCCUCCACUGACACAUACAACAGCUAACAUGUUUUGAACAUUCCAGAACUUAAAUUCAUAAACAGUUUCAACACACCUAUUUAUAACACUAAGAAGGGCUCCAAAUACAUUGUGUCAGGGACUUGCUGAGAAACCAACAAUAUCAGUCCAUUUAUGCCAGUCCCUUGGACUGAUGCAGGUAGUUUAAUAUUUUGAAGUCAUAGGCCAAAUUAGUUAAAUUUAGACCUGCCCACAGGCCAGUUAGCUAUUCCCCUUCUUUCUUUCCACAGGCUCUUUCCACUCUUUUUUUCUGCCCAGAUAUUGCUUAAAACAUAAAAUUUGUUUAGGUCAAUCCAACUAUUUAAUCUCUCACCCACUUUCUGUCACAAUUCAUUUGCAGUCCUCUUGGAUACUACUUCUAAGCUAAGUGCUAUAUUUUAAUUUUUUUCUGUUUUUUCUGUUUUGUUCGCUGAAGAAGUCUUCCUGCGGACAAGUUUGUUGUUUUGUUGCAUUCCUUUUUCAGGUUUAACAUUACUUUGUUUUACUAAUUUCAAAAUAUUUAUGCUCUUAUUGUAGAAGACAUAGUUUAAAUUAUGCAUUCAAUGUUAUUUAUUACAGGUUUUGCCAUAAAGUGCUUUGUUUGUAAUUCAUACCAUCAAGCGGAUUGUGCAGAUUGGUUUGACAACGUGACACAACACUUGGUAACUUGUGACUCAUGGCAGCAUAAGUGCAGAAAAAUUGUGCAAGAAGGUGAGUUGUUCCAUUCUACUUUUGCCUGUGGGAAUUGCCGUCCCUUCUUAUGGUUCACUAGUUCAGGUUGACUUGUUGAGUGUUUUGCCUAAAAAAAAAAAUACCAAAGUACUUUCUGUAAUUAUUAAAGUUAAAAGAAAUGGCGGCUUCAUUAUUUAGGGGCCACUUUUUCCCCCAAGUCCAUUUUACUUUAAUAAUUUCAGCAGCUUAUAAAUUAGUAAGGCAAAUGGGAUAUAUGUUUCUAUUUAAAUUAGAAGGGUUUAGUUGGCACCUCUAACGCUAAGACUUUUUUAUAAAUUAACAUUUUCCUUUAUGUAAAAAGUUACACAUUGAUUUUUUAAAGUAGGCUACUACAGUUCUCUUUGCAAGAGUGUGCGGAAUAUAGUAAAGGCUGGGAAACACUGAUCUAACCUAAAUCCUGGUUUCCUCAACAAAAUCAUGUGAUCACCUUUCUGGUGUUUAGAAACACCUUUCUAAAUAUGUCAAUAUUCACAUGCUAUGGAUAAAAUUGAAAUUUACUAAUCUUUAUGAUAAUGAAUUAAUGUUUUUGUUUAUUAUAGUAUGGUUGGAUGAUCACUGGGACAUACGUUACCUUCGUCAGUGUGCUGCUGGUGGCACUAUUGGAAAAUAUGAGGGCAGAGAGUGUCAAGAAGUUUAUGGUACAUACAACAUACGAGUUCGAUAUUGCCACUGCGAUAACCAAGAUGGAUGUAACAGCGCACCACGACAAACAACACAAAUUUCAGCUGUGCUUCCUGUGUUAUUGACUUUAGUUGUUUUUGUUAUGAGGCAGAUUCGAUGAGUGUUUACUUAAAAUAAGGCAGCAUACUUUGAUGUAUGGGGUUUCAUUUGUUAAGUGCUGUUUGUUCAGAUCAGUACGUAUGUACGAAUUGUUGCAAAUGAAAUAAAUGUGAUUGGGCAAUAUGUAUGUUUCUGCAAGCUUUGAAUAAAAGUGAAAUUUAUAACUGUAAAAGUAAAAGCCAUUUUCCAGCACUUGAUCUAACUGCAAACUCAGCAAUGAAGUGUAAAAUUUAUAAAUGGUUUUUAGUGUGAUUAAUUUUUAUCACAUUUUCCUAUAUAUAUUAUUUUGUUAUUUAAAAAGAACUCAUAAAUAAAGGUAGCCCCAUGAUUUAUACUUUAUUUAAGCUUAGUUACUUCAAUGUCUUCAUAUAGGACUCAUUGUAAUAAAUUGGGGAGUGGGGGGGGGGGGGUGUUUUGAAGCUGAACCAGGGAAAAAAAUUUCUCAGCUUAAGCAAUCAUUUUUAUACCUUUUCUAUUUGAAAAUAGAAGGUGCUAAUAAAGGCAUAGCACACACUUGCUUGGCCACUAGUUCAAGGCUGACAAAUUGAGUUGAAGUACUGCUCUUGUUUUCACUCACCCAUAUAGACAUAUAGCCUGAACACUUAUUAAACCGGUACACAAUCAUACAUUGAAUAGUGCUAAACUGGUUCAAUAUUCAAUAACUCAUACACUUUGGAAACUUUUGAUAUAUUUUUCAUAAUAUCCCAAGCAUACAAAAUUAAUAGUGUAUUCUUGUAUCAACGUUAGCUCUUUACAGAAAUCGACAAGUUCACCAUUUUUACAGACUAAUAGACCUUAAUGUUCCCAUGGGUAUUGUAUUAUUACAAAAAUCUAUCUAGCUAUGACUCAUUGUAAAUUAAAAUAAGGUUAUUCAAGGUAUUUUGUCUAAGUCAUUUGAUUAGGAUAAAUUUUAAGGAGAUACUUAUUGUUUUUUAAACUUCGAUUUGGUUGCAAAUGUCUUUUAUGAUGGCUGGAUCAUAGAUCACCUUCCGUUUGUGGCAUAGUCAUAAAGACUGUUAUGAAAGGUGUUGGAAGUGAAGAGAAUAUUUUUUUUAUUGAUGAUUACUGUGUGAAUAUCUAUGAGAUUGCAAGCUUGAAUUCUUUUCUCUAUUGACAUAAUUCUUUGCCAUUUGUAGAAUCUGACAAAUCAAAUGAUAAGCAACUGUAAAAGAUCAUGCCAAAUGUGUAUCUCUGAUGCCUGUGCUGAUAGGCACAGUCUUUAAAUUAAUAGAUUUUUUAUUUCUGGUAUUUUCAUGCAAAUGGCGGAGAAAAAAAUAUAUUGUUAACAUCAUUCCAUUUCACUCCAAUAAUAUUUUUAAGAUAACAUGUACAUAAACUAUUUUAUCCUGUACAAAGAAAUAUACUCAUGUAGGCCUGUUUGUACAGUCGCAUUUGUAAUGAUCCCAUUUUUCAUGAAGAUGAUGUAAAUAUUCACUUAGAUCUUUUCAUCUGUGUAAUCUUUUUCCUCUUGCUCAACUUCAGCCGCCUGAGAAGUAGUCUCAAAUUCUUAAUCAUGAAACAAAAGUAUUUUGGUGGGGCUAAAAUGUCAUUUAUGAUUUAAUGCAAGUUGUGGAUCUUUAAAAUAAAAGCUGCAGUGCCUAUCUCAUAAAACCCUCAUGGUUUGCUUCAAGGCAUUAGGACCAUUUAAGAAAAUAAUUUUUAAAAUCCUAUACCUAUAGGCUAGUUAACUUGUCUGGGCAAUAGGUUAGUUGAACAUUUAGUUCCUUGUCGGACAACUUCAAACCAUACAUAAAAAAUUUGAUAAACCUGAAAAAGGUUUUUUUGAACAAAGUGAAUUAAUUUAGGACUUAUUUUUUUCGAGAUUAAAAAUGAUUAAACUCUACAUUCCAAAUAGUUUUUGCAUACAAAUAUCAUAUGUAUCUUCUAGAUCAUACACAUUCCCUUCCAUUCUUCAUAUUUAAUAUUUACAAAUUGUGUUUAAUUUUUUUAUGAUGCCUUAUUAUGAAGGAGUGGAUGUCAUUUGGACCAUUUGUAAAGAUACAAAAUUGGAAAAGUGGGAUAUUUGAAUAAAUAGGACUUUUUUUUUCUUCUAAACGUCUGGACCAAGUUUUCAUGUUGGUUUGUUUGUUUAUUCUGGCCAUAGAUAUCUUUAAUAAUCAAUUUAUACAAUGUCACUGUAAACUUCUGAUACUGAAUAAACUAGUUAAAUUUUUUUUUUUUUACUCAAC